AAGGGGGCUGUGCUCACCGAAGAAGCCCACUGGUCUUACCGGGUGCAGAUAAGGCCCAGGAAGGCAGGAGGGAGGGCUUCUGUAGGAUGAUGGCAUCUGAGGAGAACCAUUCAGCUGAAAAUCCCGGGAGGCAGGAGGAGCAGGAGUGGAGUGAGAUGUAGAUCAGGAACUACAGAUUAUCCUCAGAAUGCUUGUGAGCGGCAAGCCUGCUAACUUCACAUCCCCACCUGCCCGGCUCCCAACGGUUGCACCAUGUCUGGCUCCUACGACGAGGCCUCAGAGGAGAUCACAGAUAGCUUCUGGGAGGUGGGGAACUACAAGCGGACGGUGAAGCGCAUCGACGAUGGGCACCGCCUGUGCAACGACCUCAUGAGCUGCGUGCAGGAGCGCGCCAAGAUCGAGAAGGCAUACGCGCAGCAGCUCACCGACUGGGCCAAGCGCUGGCGCCAGCUCAUCGAGAAAGGUCCGCAGUACGGCAGCCUGGAGCGGGCAUGGGGUGCCAUGAUGACAGAGGCAGACAAAGUCAGCGAGCUGCACCAGGAGGUGAAGAACAGCCUGCUGAACGAGGACCUGGAGAAAGUCAAGAACUGGCAGAAGGAUGCAUACCACAAGCAGAUCAUGGGCGGCUUCAAGGAGACGAAGGAGGCCGAGGAUGGCUUCCGAAAGGCCCAGAAGCCCUGGGCUAAGAAGAUGAAGGAGCUAGAGGCAGCCAAGAAGGCCUACCACUUGGCUUGCAAGGAGGAGAAGCUGGCCAUGACCCGGGAGAUGAACAGCAAGACAGAGCAGUCGGUCACCCCUGAACAGCAGAAGAAACUGGUGGACAAAGUGGACAAAUGCAGGCAGGAUGUACAAAAGACUCAGGAGAAGUAUGAGAAGGUACUGGAAGACGUGGGUAAGACCACACCGCAGUACAUGGAGGGGAUGGAGCAGGUGUUCGAGCAGUGCCAGCAGUUUGAGGAGAAGCGGCUGGUCUUCCUGAAGGAAGUCCUGCUAGAUAUCAAACGGCAUCUCAACCUAGCGGAGAACAGCAGCUACAUCCAUGUCUACCGAGAACUGGAGCAGGCCAUCCGGGGGGCCGAUGCCCAGGAGGACCUCAGGUGGUUCCGCAGCACCAGUGGCCCUGGGAUGCCCAUGAACUGGCCGCAGUUUGAGGAGUGGAACCCAGAUCUCCCGCACACCACUGCCAAGAAGGAGAAACAGCCUAAGAAGGCAGAGGGGGCCACGCUGAGCAAUGCCACUGGGGCUGUAGAAUCUACAUCCCAGGCUGGGGACCGUGGCAGUGUUAGCAGCUAUGACCGAGGCCAACCGUAUGCCACCGAGUGGUCAGACGAUGAGAGCGGAAACCCCUUCGGGGGGAACGAGGCCAACGGUGGCGCCAACCCCUUCGAGGACGAUGCCAAGGGAGUUCGUGUACGGGCACUCUAUGACUACGACGGUCAGGAGCAGGAUGAGCUCAGCUUCAAAGCCGGGGAUGAGCUCACCAAGCUCGGAGAGGAGGACGAGCAGGGUUGGUGCCGCGGGCGGCUGGACAGCGGGCAGCUGGGCCUCUAUCCUGCCAACUACGUUGAGGCUAUAUAGCUACCUUGCCCACCCGACUCCUCUCACUCCUUGUCCACCGCCUUCCGCCCUUCCCCCUCCCCUCGCCAUAGAGUUCCAGACAUAUUUUCCGAUCAAGCUUUUAUUUUUUUAAAAGUCAAAACAGAACAAAAAAGAAGAAAUAUGAAGAGACAGCGUCUGCGGCCUACCCGGAGGCCAGGGGAGUGGGGCUUAGGAUGAUGGCCUCCCCCACAGCGUGGGCAAGGAUCUUGGGACUUAACCCAAUGUCACAUCUGGUCUACAGAGUCCACCAAAGAGUCUCCUGAGUCUUGAAGGAGAUCUUCUGGAUCCUUCUACCCUGUCUCGCUCUCCUGUCCCACCAUGGCUGCCAGCAGCUAGCUACCCUUGUCACCUGAGCCUGGCUUCCUAAACUCUCCUGUCCCUCUUCAACCACCCCCUUCUCUUAAAGGGCCCCCAAUCUUUAGUCUUCCACUCUGCCCUGGGGAUGCUCUUCUCAUCCUGGACCAGUGAGGCUGGGGGAGAAUUCCUCUCCUUUUUCUGUGGAGGUUUCUAGGGGUCUCUUCAUUUCCCCAGACAUGAAGGCAGGUGAAUGGGGGCAGAGGGGAGUCAUGGCAUCCCUGGCACACAGAAGAGGAAGAGGGAGAACAGACCAUCUGUCCAGGCUGUGCCAAUACUCCCAAUGCCAAGCCCACUUAGAGGGAUGAAAAACCCUACAGGUAUAGAGGGCUCCUCCAGGGAGCAUCUGAGCAUCUGACAGAGAACCUGCCGUCUCCUAAGUCCUUGGCACUGGGCAAAGCCUCCUCCCUGGAAGCCCAGGACAAAGCCAGCAACAGUAGCAGCCUCCUCCCAUUCCCUGGGGAAGAGGUGAUUGGCCACCCAUCCCCCUCCCUUCAUGGUCAUUCAGAAACAGAAACAACCCCAGGCAAUCACUGUGUCAAUAUCAACCUUUGUGAGGCCGAUCUACAAGGCUCUCACCUGGCUAAGGGCUCAGGGGAGCAGCCAGGUCUCUCUAGUGGCCUGGAGGCGGGGGGGGGGGGGGGGGGGGGGGAAAGACACUGGGCUCAGGGGAGCAUCCAGGUUGGCACUGUAAGGGGAAGCCAGCAGCUCAGGCUGGCCUGAGGAAGAAACUCUGAAUGGUCACUAUAUCUUUCUUUCUUGACCUUUUAGUCCCCAAUAUACCCCCUGAAUGCUGGCAGCCCCCCUCCCACUCCUAUUUCUCUAAGUCCAAGUCUCCGUUAAAGGACUCUGGGGGUGGUAGGGAACACAGGGCCCUUGCUUGUGGUUGGAAAGUAGGUGGCAGGCUGUCCCUUGGGUGAGUGGGGUGGGAAACAAGACAGGUUGGCUAAGACCUCCUACAGUGGAGAGUGGGCAGAGGCUGUUUCUCUGGACCUUUGGGAACACAGAUUUGAGAAAAGUCUCACACAGCUGGUGUCUGUUAGGCCUCUGGCCUACGGACAUUCUCUGCCUCCCGAAUCAGGUGGCAUUUUGGGCCUCCAGGGAAGAGUAUACCACCCACGUUCUCCGGGACCCUUUAGCUCUCUGCUGCUUCUCCCGACACCGUCAGGUCAUGGACCCAAGCAUUGGAGUUCUGACCACCCCCCUCUUGAGUAGGGCUGUGGCAGGGGCUUCUGUUGGGUUAGUCCUCCCUCAGGGCCAGGAGUGGGGGACAUGGCACCCAAGAGACAGGCACUUCCCUGUCACUGUUUGCCCUAUGGGCUUCAGCUGCAGCCCAGGUUGGGUCCUGGGCCCCUCAGAACUGGAAGCAGGAUUCAAACCCCCCUUUCUCCACAGCUCCUCCCGCCUCCCCAGAUGGCAGGCUUCCUCCAGCUUUUAUCUUCACCCUCACCUCAGAAAGACAAGAAGCCGCCAUGUCUGCACCUUGGGGCCUGGGCUCCCCCUCUCUGUGCCAGCGGCUUCCCAGCACCUGGGGAGGGCUGUGGCCCCGACUGGACCCCAGGCCCACCCCCAUGCAGUAUACUAGCUGCCCACUCUUGGGCAGGAACUGGAAAAUCCAUCCCUUACGAACAACCACCUUCAACAACCCCAUCUGGGACCAGACUUGGUCCUCAAGUUCCUCAGCACCCCAGUGUGGGAGGGUCUCUCCUCUGGAAGUUCCCAGAGCCCCAAGCCAAGCCCCACCUGUUAUUGCUGGUGUCAGGGCACCUCAACCUUGGGCUGGACCACACCCCUUCCUCGCCGUGUCCACACCCCUUCCUGUACUCCCCAGGGGCCCCUUGAUGCUGCACGGGACCCUGCAGGGCUCAGUCAGUGAUGUGUUUCGUCCCCAGUUAACCACCAUCCCGCAGCCUGGUUCCAGGAGGAGCCGAGGUUGUUCUACCACCCGCCGCCACUGCGUCUGCCUCCCUAGGCUUUCUGACAUCAUUAGUUCCGACACUUGUGAAACUCCGAGACGUGCCGUGGUCUCAGCAAUGCACCUGUUUUGUACAUGAUUGUGUAAUUUAAAGGUAUAUAAAUACAAAUAUAUAUCUAUAUCUAUAUAUCUAUCAGUUGUGACCGUACGGCUGUCGAUAAAACCAGAAUUCUGUCA